AAAAAAAAAAAAAAAAGAGGAAGUGGUGAGCGGCACAAACACGCUCUAUACAUCCAAUAUCUACUUAUCGCGACCGUUUCCCCGGCUUGCCUAAAGCCGUAAUCGCGGCCCGACAUCAUGAUUGGCACGUCAAUACCAGAGUACAUUUUUAUCCGUGUAUGCAUAUUCUUGGUGCAGUAUACCACGCCGUUGUGCGUAGCAUGUCUAGCCUUCUUGGCGGCGGCCCACGGCUGGGCAGCGCUAUCCCAUCCCUUUAGCAUAGCGCUGCUAGCCUACAGCGUCUUGGAUACUCUGUACGCUAUACUCAUCUACUUCCCGCACAAUAGGCGGCUAAAGGAGGAAGCGAAGCACCCGCCGCCGCUGUCGUGCGAGGAGCGCGGCGCCCUAUUCCAUCGCUGCUUCGCAAACGUGCCCGACGCCCGGCGCUAUAUCCAGAUGUGGUUCCUUGGCGCGGACGAGUCUGAGAUACGGAGAGAUAACGUACGCGACUUUAUCCUCUGGGCCUUCUUCGACAGGUGGCCCGGCAAUGAGACCGACGAGGAAGAUGCAGAGCUCGACGAGUACAUCGACACCAUCGAGAAGCUGCUGGGCCGGAGAUUAGAGCCGGGGAGAGGGAAGGCCGAAGGUCUCCGACUCACGUUGGACGAGGUGGAAACCCGAUAUAGAAGUAUUGCGUGGUAUUUGGCCGUGAGCAUUGUCGACUUUGCGUCGCAUUGCCAACUAGCGUGGAAUGGGUUUCAUUAUUACGCACAAUCACCGUCUAGAAUCCUCUCUGUCAUCCCUCCGCGCUUACAGGACUUAUUCACCCGUAGGUAUUCCGAGUCAGAAGAUCUAAGCUACUGGUGCCGUCCGCAUACCGCCACCGACAAGCUUCCCGUCCUGUUCCUUCACGGCAUCGGUAUCGGCCUCUACACGUACGUGCCGUUCCUUGCGCAGCUUAACUCGGAGUCAGGGGAGCAAAAUGGGCAGGGUCAGAUUGGUAUCAUCGCGAUCGAGAUCCUCUCGAUUUCUUUCCGACUCACGGGCGAGCCGCUAAGGAGGCCCGACUUCUUAAGACAGAUUGCUACGAUCUUGGAUGCGCACGGGUGGGACAGGUUCGUGUUGGUGUCCCAUUCGUACGGCAGCGCCUUGGCAACCCACAUGCUGCGUUCGGAAGAGCUAGCCGACAGGAUUGUCUCAGUAGUACUCAUAGAUCCUGUGACAAUCUUAUUGCAUCUGCCAGACGUAGCAUACAAUUUCACUAGACGCAGACCCAGGGAGGCCAACCAGUGGCAGUUGUGGUAUUUUGCGAGCAUGGAUCCCGGCGUCGCCCACUGUUUGGGCCGACAUUUCUUCUGGAAGGAUAAUAUUGUGUGGAAGGAAGAGCUAGUGGGAGUGGCGAGGGGGUCAUCUGCAGAAGUGGUGGGUGUGGGUGAUCAGGGGGUCCGGGCUACUGCGAGACCGCUGCGAAAGGUGGCAGUGUGUCUUGCGGAACGAGAUUUGAUCGUUGAUACUUUGAUGGUGGCCCAAUACUUGGGUGCCGAUGGUGAUGGAUGGGUCGUCCCUAGCCAGACAGGUGGAGGGGAUGCCAGUUCUAAGGGGUGGUCCAUGGGGCAAUCCAUGGGGCAGGAUAGAUGGGGUAGUGGCUAUCUCACGCGCGACGGGAUUGAGUUGCUCUGGUUCUGGGGAUUGGACCACGCUCAAGUAUUUGAUACCAAGGAGAACCGGAACAGACUUUGUGGCGUUAUACGCCGUUACUGCACAGAAUAGAUGUACACACCCUGGCAGCACCGCGAUUGUCCUGUUUACUGGAUGUCGAGAUCUGCGUAAUCAAACGCCACCACCCUCCCGGCGCUUGGGCCUAUGCAUUCGGCUGUGUCGAAUUUACAGCAUGCGAAGACCGCUUCAUUUCCGGCAGCGUCAAUCAAUUUCAUCUGCCUUUGCUUCGUCACCUCCCCAACCCGUCAGGUAGACCACUACAGGUUCAGGGCCGCUUCGAAUCAGGACCCAGACGACGUUCUCAUCAGUCUCAUUGAUUUCCUGAUGCUCCGUCCAUGGCGGGACAAACGCGAAGUCGCCCGGGGACAGUUCAUGUCUCUUAGGCUCUUCGUCAGCGCCGGAGCUGGUCACCAAUCUAUCACCUGUCAGCUUUUCCCCACGGACUCUAGGUCUCGUAGCCUAUCAUUGGGGGAAGAGAAAAACAACGCAGGGUGGCACAAGAAUCACUCGGGGAUUAUGACAUACUGCGGACAAGUUAGCUUCAAUGACAUCAACGUGGUGGUAGCUAUCUAGGGUUUGAAUUUUAAGAGAAGGCCUAGUGUCUUUACACCGAAACUGCUUUUAUACGUA